AUGAAGAACAAGGUGUCCAUCAACUCGAUCAUCUCGCUCAUCGAGAUGAAUGUAAAGUUUUACCGGCUGAUCGGUUUGGCACCGUUCGAACUCAACACGAACCGCGUUCGGCUGUCAAAACCGUUCUGCUGUGCGGUCGGUGGUUUCGUCACGCUCUAUUGGACUGCGAUGGUGUCCUCAAUCGCUACCAGCAACCAUGCGAACGAUCGGAUCUCGCGCAUCUCCAACUACUUUCAGCUCAUUACGAACGCGAUCAUGCUGACGGCGAUCCUGCUAAUGCCCGCCUUUCGAUUGCGCAACUUUGCCGAAGUUACGCGUGCUUUGCGCAAGCUGGAACUUGAUCUGCAGAAGGAUUCGCUCGGUAGCAACUUUCGUCGGAUGGUACGGUGGAACGUUGGUAUCGUUUUGGGCACGGUCGGUGUGCUGCUGAUGGCGACCGGGUUCGACUGUUACGUGACAGUGUUUCGCGGUUCGAUCCGGGUGGACUAUUGGAUCAUAACGAUACUGCCACAGUUUGUGAACGUGAUCGCUGUGACGCAGUCCAUACUGCUGCUGCUGUACAUUAACGGGCGGUUCCGGAUGCUGAACCGUUUGCUAGAGGAGGAACAGCAUCCGGUUGCGGGCAGAAAACCGUACGAGCACAACACGGGCCGGCUAACCGUGACCGGAUCGACGAAUGAUCCGAAAAAGUUGAGCCUGCACGUGAUCGAGGUACAUGGUUGCGGGAUGGACGAUGCAUCAUCGCUGAAGCUACCGAAACUCUUGUAUCGGUACAACGAUCUGUACGACAUCUGCAAGAUGCUCGAUCGUUACUUUGGGCUGUUGUUUCUGCUUACCUUCACUUCGAUUUUUAUCGUAACGACAAUACAGCUGUACUACAGCUACACCAUUCUGUACUGGUUUACGGGUGAGAAUGGGUUCACGAUCUGGUCGCUGAUGGUGUGCCUCAAUACGAUUUCGAUCAAUCUCGGGGUGCUGCUAACGAUUGUGCUGCUCUGUGAGAAGAUUUCCAACAAAACGAAGCAAGCGAACGAUCUGUUGGCGGACUUGCAGCUGCGCGGAUCACGUCAUCUAUCCUCGGAGGAAGUCAUCAAGCUUACCAUGCCAUUUCAAGCACCGAACAAGGUGUUCAAGUUCUCAGCGAUGGGCUUUUUCCAGAUCAAUUGCAACAUGCUAUGUGGGAUGAUUGGGGCAAUCACGACGUACUUGGUAAUCUACAUACAGUUCUACAUUCUUUACGCGGAUGAGGUGAAAAAGUCAACGUUUGUGUCUCGAUUCCAGAUUUAA